UAAAACGCAGAUAGGUCCUUCCAAUUCCAACCGAGCUCUACAAGCACAUACCCCUAACUUGGAUUCCAAUUCCAUUCAGGUUGAAGAUGAUGCUACCCAACCCAAGAUCUCAAACCAUUGUUGCUGCUGAAGGAGCUAGCCAAACCCAGAUCUCCAACAUUGAUGCAGCAGAAGAUGAUUUCUCAAACCAGGCUGCAGCUGAAGAUGGUACCGGAACUGAGUUCAAACUCAUGGAUGUUAGUUUUUACAGGGCUGCAGCAGAAAGCAAUAUCAACAUCGUAAAGCAUAUUUUAGAACAGGAUGGUCCAGUAGUUCAAUUAACCCACAAAAAGAACACAGUCCUCCAUAUUGCAGCCCAAUUUGGUCAACUCCACUGUGUUAAUUUGAUCCUUCAGUUUCCUUCAUUUUCAUCUCUACUGCUACUGCCUAAUCUGAAAGGGGACACUCCUCUUCACCUUGCAGCAAGGGAAGGCCAUUGGGUGGUCACACAAGCUCUUAUUCAAGCUGCAAAAGCACUUCCCAGCGGAAGUGGGAUUGGAGUAGAUAAAAUAAUGCUGAGGAUGACAAAUAAUGAGAAUGAUACAGCCUUGCAUGAGGCAGUGCGAUAUAAUCACCCUGAUGUGCUGAAGUUAUUGAUCCUGGAAGAUCCAGAUUUCAUCUAUGGUGCCAACUUUUCUGGUGGAACCCCUCUUUAUAUGGCUGCCGAGAGAGGAUUCCACGACUUGGUGCAAGUAAUCAUAGACAACACUCGCACCUCUGCUCACAGUGGCCUCAUGGGUAGGACGGCUCUGCAUGCUGCUGUGAUUUGCAAUAAUGAAGAUAUGAUGAAGAAAAUACUUGAAUGGAAGUUAGAUCUAACAAAAGAAGUUGAUAACGAUGGGUGGUCUCCACUACAUUGUGCUGCAUAUCUGGGUUAUACUUCAAUUGUGAGGCAGUUACUAGAGAAAUGUGACAAGAGUGUAGUCUAUCUUCGUGUCAAAAAUGAUCACAACAAGACAGCUCUUCUCAUUGCAGCUAGCCGUGGCCAUACGGAAAUAGUGAAGUUGCUAGUAUCACAGUAUCCAGAUUGUUGCGAGCAAGUAGAUGAUGAUGGCAAUAAUGCUCUUCACUUGAUCAUGAUCAAAAGAGGAAUUUUUCAUAGUUCUGGAUUGUUAAAUUUUCCUUGGAUGAAUUUCAGAGGACUUAUGAAUGAAAAGAAUGUUGAAGGGAAAACGCCUCUCCAUCUGCUUGCGGAAUACGAGAUGUUUAAUUGUAGAUGUUUCAUGAAGCACAAAAUGGUAGAUAAGAUGGUACUUGACAAUGAAAACUCAACUCCUAUGGACAUAAUGUUGUCGGCUGAGGACCUUUAUGGAGAAAAGGGUCCAAUUCUGGAAAGAUUGGGAAGGGCCAAAGCUAGUAUUGGGCCAUUGGGUUGGCAGAAAGUCAUCAAGCAAGACAAUGGGGGUCGUAGAAGAAAAAAAGGAGAACAGGUAUCACUUAUUAAGAAAGCAGCUAAGACUCAUUUGAUAGUGGCCACCCUGAUAGCCACUGUAACCUUUGCAGCAGGUUUCACGCUGCCUAGUGUUUAUGAUGAUCAGAAAAAGGGCGAGGACCAAGGCCUCACAGUCCUAGCGCCGCCGCCUGAUGGGUCCAAAGACAGAAUGGGCUGGGAUCCCUCGAGUGAUCUAGGUUUCUUCUUUUUCGUUAUCACAGAUAUGGUGGCUUUGUUUCUCUCCUCCUUAGCUGUUCUGGCAUACUUUCUAAUGGCGUUAUGUCACAACGUGGAGGUAGUCCGCAAACUCAUAAAUAUGGGAUAUCUAUUCACCUAUAGUGCUUUGGUAGUAAUGCUGUUGACAUUCUUGUUCGGCAUAAUCUCUGGAUUUUCACUUUAGCAAUCACGAUGGCCUUUUUAGUCGGGCAUGUACUCUGACUUUUCAAAUAGUACUGGAUUGCGGAUGAUUAUCUGUCAUACAAACUGAAU